AUGAGUAAAGAACAUCCAAAUAAUCUGCUGGAGUUUCCAUAUAGCUCUUCGCUGCACAAUACUUCAAGAAUGCUUCCGGGGUAUCGCUCUGUCCAUUCUCCAUCGCCUUCUGUUGGUUUGGUGGGUAAUCAUGGUGGAGGUGUCACCGGCUUUGGCCUUGUGGUCACUGGAAUAGAGGCAGUGGUGGUUCACAGUCACAAUGUUACAACUCUAGACCUUCCGGCAUCCGGGAUCAACCAAACACAGCAACAACAACUUCAUUCGUUUUCCGACUACGCUGAGCCAUUGUUUGAAUUUCUGGGGUCUCUGCAACCAAAAGAGAAGGGUAUCCUGGUCGGUCACAGCAUGGAAUUUUUCCUCGACUGUGACCAAGACCUUUCAAUAGAAGAGGAUGUGCAAAUGUGGAUGAUUGAGAAAAAUCUACCAAAUCAAGUGAAAGUGAUAAAUGGUUCUGAUCACAUGGUCAUGUUCUCUAGACCACUAGAGCUGUUCUCCAACCUCCUCCAGGUUGCUGAGAAAUAUGCUUAA